UUUGUCAGUCAGCAGGUAACAUGGGAGCAGAUAGGACCCUGUCACUGGCAUCAGAGUGUUUACCUACUGACAUCCAGGUUCUGAUGCUUCAGACUGUUUCCUUCCAAGGGUCAUUUUUUGGAUUUCACUGGUCAACAAACCCAGCUGUUGUUAGAAAAUGCUGAUAUAUGUCACGUACGGGCUGCUGUUCACAUACUUGGCCUUGCCUGGGAUCUUACUCGGGGAUUUGGCCUUCCGAUGUCCGAGCUGCACCGCGGAGCGCUUGGCGGCGUGUCCCAAAGUCACGCCUCUAUGUACAGAAAUAGUGCGGGAGCCGGGCUGCGGCUGCUGUCCGAUGUGUGCCCGGGUGGAGGGGGAGCUGUGUGGGGUCUACACGCCGCGCUGCUCCGGGGGCCUGAGGUGCUACCCGAGCUCGGGGGCCGACUUUCCUCUGCAGCAGCUCAUCCAGGGUUUAGGUCGAUGUGGACAUCAGGUGGAAGUAGAUGUCACGACAAGUCUGAACAACCAGGCAGCAACAAAUGAGGUGCACGGGACGGAGAACCCACUCACCAAGAGGCCGGCCAUAGAUGCCUGGAGCUGGCAGGAGUCGGCCAGGAAGCAGCACAUGAACGAGCGCAAAUCCAAGAUGAGGAUAAAUCCGCUGGUGGACCCGCGGCCCCCGAGAGUGUCUCAGAGCGCCUGUCAGCAGGAGCUGGACAUGGUCUUGGAGGAGAUCUCCAAAAUGACCUCUGAGGACAACAGAGGCCCGCUGGAGGACCUGUACGGGCUCAAGUUCCCAAACUGCGACAGACACGGACUGUACAACCUCAAACAGCGAAGGAAGAAAAUGGAAAGUCUUUUCUUCGCCCCCGGCUCUUCGUUCUUUCCGCCGUCCUCCUUCUCAGCCGCCCCGCGUGCGCAGCGUAAACUGUGUCCACUUCAAUUAGGACCUCGUUUCUGAGUGGAAGGGGGGGCUCCGCGGGGGGGCCGGCCUACUGGCAUGCCUCUGUGUGUGUGUGUGUGUGUGUUUGUGUGUGUGAAUGUGUCUGUGAUGGCAUGUGUGCGGCUGGGGAUGGGUUGUGGUUUGGGGGGCAUGACCUGAGGAUGGGCUGUUAUUGGGUGAGUGUUGUCCCACCCAAACCAUAGCCCUCACUCUCAUCCAAUGGCCCCCCGCCAUCGGUAGCUACACACACACACACACACACACACACACACAAACACACAUCUUGAGCCACCAUACGCCAUGCUUCAUUAGUGCACCCCCCCUGCUUCCCACUGUGCAUCCUUACCCCUCCCUCCUUUUUUUCCAGUGUUUUCCAACUUGUCCAGUUUGUGUUUUUCUCUCCC